UUUACUUUCUAUUUUCUCCUUCAAUUCAAUCUUCUUUUCUUUGUUAAUUUAGAAAACAAGAUUUAUCAUUUCAUUUCAUAACCAUGGCUAAACCAAAAGCCCCAAAGCGAAACCUAGAGUCAUACUCAGUCAAACAUAUGAACAAAUCUGUCACAAUCAAAGCUGGGGAUUGUGUGCUUAUGCGUCCUUCUGAUCCAUCCAAACCCUCAUACGUUGCAAAGAUCGAAGGGAUCGAAGCUGAUUCACGAGGUGCUAACGUUAAAGUUAACGUCCGGUGGUAUUACCGGCCGGAGGAGUCAAUCGGUGGCCGGAGACAGUUUCACGGCUCAAAAGAGCUUUUUCUGUCAGAUCAUUUUGAUGUUCAGAGUGCUGAUACAAUUGAAGGAAAGUGUGUUGUUCAUGGUUUCAAGAGCUACACUAAGCUUGAUGCUGUUGGUAAUGAUGAUUUCUUCUGUCGAUUUGAGUACAAUUCUGCUACUGGUGCUUUCAAUCCUGAUAGAGUUGCAGUGUAUUGUAAAUGUGAGAUGCCCUACAACCCUGAUGAUCUGAUGGUUCAGUGUGAGGGCUGCAGUGACUGGUUUCAUCCUGCUUGUAUAGACAUGACUGUGGAGGAAGCCGAAAGACUUGACCACUUCUUUUGUGAAAGUUGUUCUGUUGAAGGUCAAAAACAGCUGCAAAAUUCUCAUUCUGCUACAAGACUCGCAGAUACAAAGGUGGAUACUAAACGCCGCCGAAGGUAGAAGCGAUGUUAUGUAAGGCUUAAAAAGAGGUAGAUCUGUAAUGGAGGGGACCCUUGCUUUUGUAAUCCUGGGUAGGAGGAGCUGAACAAACUCUGUGACAAUGGUAUCUAAUAGUAAACUAUAGUCUUUCUCUACUUUCAUGGAAGAGAAGAGACUAAUUUAAAAAAGUUUGUCGAUGGUUUGAGUAUCCAUCCCAGUUUCCCUUGGAAGUGGAGGAUGUGUUUCUUUUAUUAUAUGUAAUUAUUAUUAUGUGAUGUAGUUUCUCCAUCUAAUCCCCAUCGGGUCCUUGUUCAUACUCAGACUUUUGUGAAUUAGCUUGACUUAUUUAAAGCCAGUAGACACUACUUUAGUAAAGGAUCAAGUCUAUUCUCUAGUGAUGUCAUCAUGUUGGCAGCA